AUGGCUGCUCCUCGCUCGAAACCUGGUCGCGCAUUAUGGGAGGCAUCAAUGGCCCUGGCUCGGCGCGCUGUUGUAACGCCUGCGAGUACAACUUUUGUCAUCAUCACGCUCCUUUUCUGCGUCGUCCUCGUAAUCGUUCACGUCUUCAUCCUCUUCGCGGAUGCGGCUGUGUCCGAAGCACUAUCAUCCGCCAUCACAGCCGCCCAGAUCUCGCCCGCGACAUACUCGUACCGCGAUCCCGGCACAGAAGUGGAGACAUUACUGCUAUGCUACCAAGUGCCAGAGUUCGCAGGCGGUUCGACUGUCGACAACCCGUGCAACAUUUCCAUUCCCAUCUCUACGAGCGGCGAUACAGGCUUCGUUCAACACUUCCCAGAGAUCAGCUGGCAGCGAUGGGCGGCGAGGAGAUCAUCAGGUCUGAGCUUCGAGCCCACGUUCGAUGAUGAUGGAACCGUCAGCGCGGUCACGGCGUCGUCGUCGCUGGAAGAUACCACUGUCUCCCUUAGCCUGACUUGCGUCCAGUCCCUCAUCUAUACUCGGGAACGAGUCCUGAAGGAGUCCCAGGAAGACAUUGCUCUCAUUGUCUUUCAAGUCUGGCUCCUAACAGUGUCUGUAUUCGCAAUCUUCUACGAGUCCGUCCCACACAUAUGGGUCUCGCUAUGCUCGCGAGUGCUUGUGACAGGAUGGUCCGUAUUCGCGGUCGUCCGCGCGGCGCUCAACGUGGGACUCUACGCCACGCUCUACCGGAGCACGGUAUCACCCUGCAACCUGGACAUCUUCGACGACUAUGUCUCGUUCCGUCUCGGCUGGGUCAUCGCGGAAGUCGUGUGCAACUGGGUGUUUCUGGUCGUCCUCGCGAUACUGAGUGUGCGCUUAUCGAAGGUAUAUGUCCAUCAGACGUUCCGCCGGUUGGGACCGCCCCCCGGCGUCAUCAAGGUCUACUGGAACUUCAUGGCCGUCCAAGUCUGCAUCCAAUUGGGAGUGUACACUCUGGCCGUAGCGGCGGGCCUGUUCCUCGACCAACUCGUCAAUGGACCCAUCUCGGUCUACACCGAUCGACGUGCGCUGUACCUCGCUCUGUGCAUCGGGACGCUGGUCUUCUUCAUACCGUACUGCCUCAGCGGCUGGUACGGUAUCAGACGCGAGAGCAAAUGGCUGGCGGCCGUUUUCAUCGCGUGUGUUUGCAUCUUGAUCAUCUGCUGGGCGAUAGUCUUCUACUCGCAGGUCUUCCGCCUGACGUACCUCGACUUCGACUUCUUCGCGGCGAUCACGACACUGUCGUUCUUGAUCCUGCUGUUCUCGCUCGUGUUCGGCAUCAUUGCCCUUCGGUGGUUCGGAAGGGGAUUGGCAACAUACCUGCGAGCAGAGGACAGCCUCGCCAAAGCAGGCCUGCUCCCCGACGUCUUCAACAUCCUCAAAAGCUCGAAGCACGAGGGCAGCAGCACCCGCUCGGCGAGCAUGGCAUCCGAAGAAAGCCUCACACCAGUCUUCCUUCAACGGCCUAUGGAGUUUGCAGACCCAAUCAUCGCAUCACCUCACUCCCCCCAACUUAGUGGAAUUCCGAGCGCACUCUUACACGCGGAGUACUUCAUGCGCGAGGCGCGCGAUCCGUUCGCAAGGGAUGCGCAGGUGGUCGAUAUGGAGAGUGUUAGGCGCGCGAGUAUGAAUGUUCAGCGGCAUAGUGUGACGCGGGCGAGGGGCGACUCGAAUGCUUGA